GGUGAGACUAUCAGAAGUACUGCUAAUGGAACAAAGGGGCGUCGUGCUUGCUGUUAUGUGCGCGUGCGCGGAGUGAGCCCGAGUUGAUGUAUUGUUUAGUCGGAAUCUGGGCUUUGAUUACUGUGGGCGAACUGGCAGCUUUUUAUUUCUCCUUUCUUUUGAUUCAUUGACGUGGGAAAUGAGCGAGCAGCGAGUGGAGGCAGAAAGCACGACGGAUGCCGGCGCUUGGCUGCUUGUGCUGAGCUCCGUGUUCUUGUGCAACCUACUCAAAAUUCUUUUGCCUUCCUGUUCCUCUGUAAUAUCAAAGUUGCUACAGAAGGAUGUUGAGCAGGAAUCACAGAUGAGGUCUGAAAUUCAGAACAUGAAGCAAGAACUUGCUACCAUUAGUAUGAUGGAUGAAUUUGCCAGAUACGCCAGAUUAGAAAGAAAGAUUAACAAAAUGACUGACAAGCUUAAGACUCACGUGAAAACACGAACAGCUCAACUUGCAAAAAUAAAGUGGGUAAUAAAUAUCGUCUUCUAUAUUUUGCAAGCUGCUUUAAUGAUCUCACUAAUUUGGAAAUAUUACUCAGAACCAGUUACUGUUCUUCCAAGCAAAUGGCUAGCCCCAUUAGAACGUUUUGUAGCUUUUCCAACAGGAGUAGCAGGUGGUGUUGGCAUUACAUGUUGGUUGGUGGUUUGCAACAAAGUAGUGGCCAUUAUGCUUCACUCUUUCAGCUGAGGAAGAAUUCUAAUUUCAGUCCAUUAUCACAAUUAAAAGUACUCUUCUGUUUUCUUUGACUGUAUUCUUAUGACUUCACACCAAUUGGUUUUGGUACAAUAUCCCAUGAAAGGAAGGGCAAGGCUUAGGGUAGAAUGAUAAAUUAUUUUAUUGUAAGUUUUAAUAUUUAUAUAUUGUCUUAUGUGUAAUAUUCAAACUUAGAGUCUUUUAGACUUCAGUUGUUUUACUUAAUGGUAUUGUUUCUCAUUAGCAUUAGUGAACAUGAUACUUGUUACUGAUCUUGUAAGGAUAUAUUAAAGGUAAACAAUAGUUUGCCAUGUGUAUUCAUUUGCACUGGAAGAAAGUAAAGCUUUGUAAAGAAUGGCA